GGGGUUCCCGACAAUGCUUUACGCUAAAUUCAGGUCAAAAAACGGACACAAAAUCGCAUUAAACUCGAGUAGAGUAAGACUUUUACACAAAAUUUGGCUGUAUCACUGCGAAUUACUUGAAUAAGACGGCUUGUGAAAAAUCAAGAUAGGCUGCCUACGACAUACGAAAAAUCUGCAUCUAGCCCCUCGCGAAACAUGGCGGACAACGUGGCAGAAGAGAGCGCCGGUCUGCCUGCUUUGGCCGUUACCGCGGCGGUGGGGGCCGUAGUGCUGCUACUGGUGCUGCUGUGCGGGGUAGGACAGGGUAAGGGGCAGCAGGAGGAAGAGAAAACAGCAGAGGAGAAGAACAGCAAAGUGAAGAAACAGCCCAGGAAAGCCAAGCCGAAGCCGGCCCCCAAACAGCGACCAGGCACCCACACCUUCUCCCACACCCUGCUGUCCACAUCCCUGAAGGGUCACAGCGGCAGGGUCAUGGGACUCGACUUCAGCAAUAACGCCAAGUACCUGGCAACAUGUGCAGAAGACAGGACUGUACGCAUCUGGAGUCUGAAAGACUGGAAGGACAAAGAGCACAAGAGUGUCCAGGUGAAUGUGGAGUUGGACCAUGCCACCUCGGUCAAGUUCAGCCCUGAUAACAGGGCCUUCAUUGUUGCACUUUACAAUGGGAACACCAUCAGAGUCUUCCGCAUUGGCAGAAAAGAUGAAGGAACAGGAAUUCAUGUGUCAGCACUGGAACAGGACUUUCCACAGAAAAGCAUCAAAGACAUCGUUGGACUUGGGAUCUCUUCCAACGGGAAGUUCAUGAUGACGGCAUUUGCUGACACAAGCAUCUAUGUCUGGAACACCAAACCUGGAGGUGAAGUUCUGGCCACCAUCGACACUCAUCAGAUGGAGAACUACCAUGCAGCUGUGUCCCCCUGUGGCAGGUUUAUCGGCUGCUCAGGGUUCACCCCAGAUGUUAAGGUCUGGGAGGUAAGCUUUACCAAGGGAGGGGAGUUCAAUCAAGUCUCCCGAGCUUUUGAGCUGAAAGGCCACUCCUCAGGGGUGUACUCGUUUGACUUCAAUGUGGACUCCAGCCGCAUGGUGUCUGUGUCUAAGGAUGGGACUUGGAGGCUCUGGGACACCAACAUUGAGUACCAGAAGGGUCAGGAGGCCAGCUUGCUGAGCAAGGGGGACCUGCACAGCUCGGCACACUGUAUGGUUGCCAUGGCGCCCAACGGUUCUUCCUUCGCCAUAGCGCAGGGUUACGACAUCAGCCUAUACUCCACAGAAAGUGGGCAGGAGGAGGAGAAGUUCACAGAUGUUCAUGCAGAACCAGUUACGGCUGUGGCCUUUGACCUAGGAAGUAAAUACCUGGUGUCUGCAGGUGACAAGCACGUCCGAGUUCUACACAACACGGUCGGGUACCGGGCCCUUCUGCACGAUCUACAGCACAAACUCAAGACCACUCAGAGCACUGCUUACAAGGAGAGACUAAAGGAACAGAUAAAGGAGACAGAGGAUGCUCUUAAAUCUAUUGUGGGAGAGGAGAAAGGUGAAAAAGACAAGAAAGAUAAGGAGAACAGCAAGAAGAAAGGGAAAUAGUGACAGAAUUGUAAAUUAGACAAGCCUCAAUGCUGUAACCUGUAUCCAAACCUAUUAAAACUGCCAAGAAUCUUCAUUCUCUCACUCAAAUAUUUCUAAGUGAGGCCACACCAAUUUAAUUUCUUGGUU